AUGCUCUUGGAGAAUCGCCACUACAACUACAUUGGUCGCCCUGAACAACUUUUGGGAGUCAAACGAUAUUGUAUUGACUGUGAACGAUCAGUGACACGUUGGAGUCAUUGGGCUGGGUGCACUGUAGUUUGUAGAUUUUGCAUGCGGUCAGGUCCCGAAUUUCCAUGUCAAGUAAUAUCAAAUUAAAUUGUAAAUUUUUUUAUCGUUAUUUAUUAGGAAGAAGAAAGAAUCCCUUGUCAAAACUGUGGAUUCAUUUUUCCACGCCGAUCAUGUUA